AUGGUUCGGUCUUGGCAUUCUGGAAAUUUCUCCAGUCCAGAUCUUCUUCCCCCGGACCAGUUCCAUCUUCUUCCCUUUCCAUCCCCAUCCUCAACUCACGAUCCUCACAGGAAUCACCCUUCACCUUCACAAUGUCUGUCCUCCGCAACAUCAAGUCCCUCGCCCCCCCUCCUGGACCGCGUCCUGGUCCAGCGCAUCAAGCCCGAGGCCAAGACUGCCUCCGGUAUCUUCCUCCCCGAGGCUGCCGUCAAGGAGCAGAACGAGGCCCAGGUCCUCGCCGUUGGCCCCGGUCUUCUUGACCGCGACGGCAAGCGUAUCCCCAUGGGUGUCAACGCCGGUGACAAGGUCCUCAUUCCUCAGUUCGGCGGUAACGCCAUCAAGGUCGGCGAGGAGGAGUACACCCUCUUCCGGGAUCACGACAUCCUGGCCAAGAUCAAGGAGUAA